AUGUCAUUACAAAGAACAAUUGCAGGUCGCCGCUUGUUGCCAAUUGGCAGGUUUGUUAGGAACUAUUCAGAUGUUAGAGAUGCAGCUACAGCUAUCCAAGGUGGAAAGAUUUUGAGGACAAAAUUUGACAACGAUUCUACGACAGUGACUUUUAUCACUAAGGAUUCACCCAAGCAUGAACCGUUCACCGUCACCUUCAAUAACCUGUUUUUGCGUGAUUCAUCGAAAUCACCCAAAUCUGUGGACCUAAAAUCCGGCCAAAAGCUAUUCACCACUGGAUAUUUAGCUUCAAACCCGUCUUCUACGGUUCCGACGAAGGUCGAGGUCUCACCGGACUCCCAGAGCGUUUUAAUCGAUUGGAAGGAUGGAGACUCGUAUAAAUAUUCGCUUGAGUUCAUUUACAAGUUUAAAGGUUCAACCUUUGUCACAGAUGCACUGAGGAACUCGAUUUCGAAGCAUAAGCCUGUGCUGUGGGAUAGAAAGACACUCAAGGGCAACAUUGCUGACUUGAACUCGGUCAAUUACGAAGGUUUCAUGAACGAGGAGCAAAAGCUGUAUAAGGCGCUCACCAUCUUGCAGAAGUACGGUCUUACUUUCAUCAAUGAUGUGCCUAAGGGCGAUCACGACGCUGUGAGGAAAAUAUGCGAAAGGAUAGGGCCCAUAAGAAACACAAUAUAUGGCGAGACGUUUGAUGUCAAGAGCGAUGUUACUACCACUUCUAACAUUGCCUACUCGAACUUCUCCCUUCCGCUUCACAUGGACCUUCUGUAUCUGGAGAAUGUGCCUGGCUUUCAGCUGCUGCACAGCAUCAACAACUCUCCAGCCGAGAGUGGGGGCGCAAACAUAUUCGUCGAUGCCUUUAGCGCUGCGAGACACGUACGGGAGCAGGAUGCUGAGGGCUACGAGGCAAUGCAACACGUCCCAGUCAACUACCAAUACGUGAGGGACGGGAACUGCUUCUACCAGUCAAGGCCAAUGAUCGAACAGUACGACAGUAACGAGUCCAACACGUUGAUGAGCAACUAUGAGUAUUUGAUCAAGCGUGUGUACUACUCACCACCAUUCCAGGCGCCAUUCACUCUCGGCAUAUACGAGAAGACUCCAGAUACAAACACAUCGCCUGCCAAGCUGACGGAGAGGUUCCUGUUUAGGGACUUUGUGCAUGGUCUUGGCGUCUUUGACCAGUUCAUCAACAGGCCAGAGAACCAGUUCAAGCUCAAGUUGCCGGAGAACACCUGCGUGAUCUUCAACAACACUCGAAUCCUGCAUGCUAGGACAGCGUUUAAGAGCACAGACAGAUGGCUAAAGGGCUGCUACUUGGAUAGAGACUCCUUCAGCAGCAAGCUGAAGUAUCUAGAACAGAAAUAUAUAUAG